CUGUUCACACCCUUGCACCGUGAACGUAGCAUUUGCUCUGAGUCCAUUAAAUAAGUCGUCUCCUCCCUCCUGUUGUCUCCCUCAGCUUCGGUUACUUCGAACCUUCAUAAAGCCGCCUUCCCCUUGCUCGCCUCUGCUGUGGUCACAAAACGCAUAGGACGAGCCGCCCUCGUCCGGGGACAGAUAUACACGAAGACAGAGAGGCGAGGGAGCUCACGAGGUUGCAGGCGAGGGAGCCGGAGCACAAGCGAUCGAACGGGGGAUGAAGCCCAAGAACGGCGCCGCCGUCUCGGAGAGGAGGCUGGUGUCGCGGCGGAUACUGCUCCUCUGUGUCUUCAGCUUCUUCCUCGGCAUGCUGUUCACAGACCACAGGUUGGGAUUGGUGCCGGACUGGCAGAACUCAAUCGUGGUGCCGCGCCGGCGGCAGGACUGGGAGCUGCAGAGCCUUUCCGAAGAUUUUGUUGCCAAGCCGAAACCAGCUGAAGAUAGGCACAUAAUGGAGGAGGUGGCAAAGACUCAUGAGGCCAUACAAUAUUUAGACAAGUCAAUCGCCACACUACAGAUGGAGCUGGCAGCCAAGCGCAGCACCAAUGAGCUGCUUGGGGGAAGCGCAAAUGGCUUAAGCAAGCAAAGGAAGAAGGCUUUUGUAGUGAUUGGGAUCAACACCGCCUUCAGUAGCAGGAAGCGUCGGGAUUCUGUCAGGGAGACCUGGAUGCCACAAGGUGAGAAGCUCAAGAAAUUGGAAGAGGAAAAGGGAAUCAUCAUUCGAUUCACGAUAGGACAUAGUGCUAUAUCAAACAAUGUCCUUGAUAAGGCUAUAGACUCGGAGGAUGAAUUUCAUCACGACUUUCUUAGGCUGGACCAUGUUGAAGGGUAUCACAAGCUAUCUGCGAAGACCAAGAUAUUCUUCUCCACUGCUGUGGCCUUAUGGGAUGCUGACUUCUAUGUCAAGGUGGAUGAUGAUGUUCAUGUCAACCUAGGAAUGCUCAUCACAACCCUUGGUCGGCAUAAAUUGAAACCGCGGGUCUAUAUCGGUUGUAUGAAGUCAGGACCAGUCCUUUCCGACAAAAAUGCCAAAUACCACGAGCCUGAGUUCUGGAAAUUCGGAGAAGACGGGAACAAGUACUUCCGCCAUGCCACCGGGCAGAUAUAUGCCAUCUCAAAGGAUCUUGCCACCUACAUCUCAAUCAACCACCCUAUAUUGCACAAAUACGCGAACGAAGAUGUAUCACUGGGGGCAUGGUUUAUCGGGCUAGAUGUGGAGCACAUCGACGACAGGGACAUGUGCUGUGGCACACCACCAGACUGCGAGUGGAAGGCGCAAGCAGGCAACGUUUGCGUCGCGUCGUUCGACUGGAAGUGCAGUGGGGUCUGCAAUCCAGUUGAGAGGCUAAAAUACGUGCACUCGAGAUGCAGCGAAGGAGAUGAUGCGAUUUGGAGCGCCUCAUUCUGACAAGGUGCUGAUAAAGGUCACAGGCUGACGAGGAAGGCCCACUUUGUAUGAGAUCACAAAGGAAAGGAGAAGAGAAGAGAAGAAAGCAUGGAUCUCUGAUAAAGGAAGCAGCAGGAUUAUAGAACCGCAGGGACACACCAUUUUUUUCUUUAUUCUUUUCUUUUUUGUUGAGAUAGGUGAUACUGGCACACAGCCAUACAGGGGUAAUGUGGGUAUACAUGUUUUUCAGUCAGUGCAGAAACAGGAUUACAUUCGAUUAGUUCAUUUGCCUCGUUUGAAAAUCAUACUUGUCUCGGUGGUGUUAUAGUUAUACUACCCUUAUUGCAACAGAUAAGUUAGGAGUAUUGCUGUGAUCAGGUCAGCAGAGAAGCUUCUUCAAAAGUGGAGUCUUUUUUCAGUCCUUCAAAA